AUGACGCCCGGUGUAUUACAUCAGCCGGAAGAUUCGAGAAGCAGAAUUCUGAUAUACUCCAAUAGAGAGACAUUGCUUAGCUCUGGUAUUCACCGCCCAAAAGCUCAGACAUUACUUCUUAGCACAUCAAAUUCAGAUUCCCCUAAGGUGAUCAAAAGCCACACCUUAGCUGACCUCCUUGCUCAAUUUCCAAGUGGUGACUAUAAACCAGUGAAUGAAGAAUUAAGAGGAGAGGUGCAUGCAGCUAUGGCUUCCGAGGAAAGCUUUUGGACAUUGAGCUUUGACGGAGCAGCAGCCGGAGGUAAAGGAGGAACCGGGAUAGUCCUUACAAUCAAAAGUGGGGAAAAGUUAUAUUUGUCUUAUAAACUGGAUUUCUAUUGUUCGAAUAAUGAAGCCGAGUAUGAGGCUCUUAUUUUAGGCUUGAUAACAGCUAAGAAGCACAGUAUCAAGAAGAUUCAGAUUCGGGGGGACUCAAAGUUGAUAGUGAAGCAAGUUUCAGGACAGUUCGUCUUAAAGGAGCCUGCCUUGGCCACAUAUCGAACAACAAUCCAAAGGCUUAUUGACAAAUUUCAGAAGGUCGAAAUAGAGCAUGUGCCUCGUUCCGACAACAAGUUUUCAGAUGCCCUCGCAACAUUAGGGGCAAGAGUUGAUAUCCCAGAGAAGGAUGCGACAAUUAUUAACAAGAAGAGAACAGAGCCUUCAAUAAUACCCGAAGACAAAGACCUUCCGGAAGACUGGAGAGGAGAAGUCCUCGAACAACUCAAAAGCAAAGUUAGAAAACUGACUAUGGCCAAGCUUGCCCAAUUCAUAAUAAUUCAAGGUGAACUUUACUUCAGAGGAGGUACCAGAUUCCUAGCCCGGUGUGUUGGCUAA